UCUCGCUAAAAAGCUUCCCUUUCAGCUCUGCUCCCUCCCCCGCUUCUCCCCAUCCCACCACCACCACCACAGCAUCACACAUCCAAUCCGCUAGUAGCAUCGUGUAUCAGAUCCGGUUUCUUCCCUCGAACCAUCGUUCUUGCAGAAAAAAAUAUUAAGUCGAUAAGGAAAAAAAAAGUGGUUCUUGGUUCUUGGCUGCAGCAAGAAGAGGUGUCCGUCGUGGUGCGGGCGUUUCUUGCUCGCUUGAAAUCGGCUUGAGUAAGUGUACUGAGAGAUGGCGGGGAAGGUGGAGAAGAUGGCGUCGAUCGACGCGCAGCUGCGGAUGCUGGCGCCGGCGAAGCUGUCGGAGGACGACAAGCUGGUGGAGUACGACGCCCUGCUGCUCGACCGCUUCCUCGACAUCCUGCAGGACCUCCACGGCGACGACCUCCGCGAGAUGGUUCAAGAGUGCUAUGAGAUUGCUGCUGAGUAUGAAGGGAAGCAUGACUCCCAAAAGCUUUCUGAACUUGGCAACAUGUUGACAAGCUUGGAUCCUGGUGACUCCAUUGUGAUGGCCAAAGCUUUCUCCCACAUGCUUAAUUUAGCUAACUUGGCUGAGGAGGUCCAGAUUGCAUACAGGAGGAGAAUCAAGCUCAAGAAGGGUGACUUUGCUGAUGAGAACUCGGCACUCACAGAAUCUGACAUUGAAGAAACUUUUAAGAGGCUUGUUGUUGACCUGAAGAAAUCACCAGCAGAGGUCUUUGAUGCCCUUAAGAGUCAGACUGUUGACCUGGUUUUGACUGCACAUCCAACACAGUCAGUGAGGAGGUCACUGCUUCAAAAACACUCAAGGAUAAGGAAUUGUUUGGUUCAACUGUACUCAAAGGAUAUCACACCAGAUGAUAAACAGGAGCUUGACGAGGCUCUCCAGAGGGAGAUUCAAGCAGCCUUUAGAACUGAUGAGAUCCGAAGAACCCAGCCAACUCCUCAGGAUGAAAUGAGGGCUGGUAUGAGUUACUUUCAUGAGACAAUAUGGAAAGGUGUUCCGAAGUUCUUACGCCGUCUGGACACUGCCUUGAAGAACAUCGGAAUCGACGAGCGUGUUCCUUAUAAUGCACCUCUCAUUCAGUUCUCUUCUUGGAUGGGAGGAGAUCGUGAUGGAAAUCCAAGAGUGACACCAGAGGUCACAAGGGAUGUCUGCUUGCUUGCUAGAAUGAUGGCUUCAAAUUUAUACUGCUCACAGAUUGAGGAUCUCAUGUUUGAGUUGUCUAUGUGGCGAUGCAAUGAUGAGCUUCGGGCAAGAGCAGAUGAGCUGCAUCUCUCCUCGAAGAAAGAUGCAAAGCACUAUAUAGAAUUCUGGAAGAAGGUUCCCCCCAGCGAGCCAUAUCGAGUCGUUCUAAGUGACGUGAGAGACAAGCUAUACAACACACGUGAACGAGCACGCCAGUUAUUAUCCAGUGGACAUUCUGACAUCCUUGAAGAAACCACUCUCACCAGUGUUGAAGAGUUCUUAGAGCCUCUGGAGCUAUGUUACGGGUCACUCUGCGCUUGCGGUGACCGUGUGAUCGCGGAUGGGACCCUUCUGGACUUCUUACGCCAGGUUUCUACCUUUGGGCUGUGCCUUGUGAGGCUUGACAUCAGGCAAGAAUCUGACAGGCACACUGACGUCCUCGAUGCCAUCACCACAUACCUAGGAAUAGGCUCAUACCGCGAGUGGUCCGAGGAACGCCGCCAGGACUGGCUCUUGUCUGAACUCAAUGGGAAGCGCCCAUUGUUCGGCCCGGACCUUCCCCAGACUGACGAGGUCGCAGACGUUCUGGACACAUUCCGUGUGAUAGCCGAGCUUCCUGCCGACAAUUUCGGAGCAUAUAUCAUCUCCAUGGCGACAGCUCCAUCGGACGUGCUUGCUGUCGAGCUCCUCCAGCGCGAAUGCCAUGUGAAGACACCAUUGAGGGUCGUCCCACUGUUUGAGAAGCUGGCUGAUCUUGAAGGUGCCCCAGCAGCAGUGGCCAGACUGUUCUCCAUAGAUUGGUACAGGGAGAGAAUAAACGGCAAGCAGGAGGUCAUGAUCGGCUACUCGGACUCGGGCAAGGACGCCGGCCGUCUCUCGGCCGCUUGGCAGCUGUACAAGUCUCAGGAGGAGCUCAUCAAUGUCGCCAAGGAGUUUGGGGUGAAGCUGACAAUGUUCCAUGGCCGUGGUGGGACUGUUGGAAGAGGAGGUGGCCCGACUCACCUUGCUAUCCUGUCUCAGCCGCCUGACACCAUCCAUGGAUCUCUUCGGGUCACUGUCCAAGGCGAAGUCAUCGAGCAGUCCUUCGGUGAGGAGCACCUCUGCUUCAGGACGCUGCAGCGCUUCACGGCUGCCACCCUGGAGCAUGGCAUGCGUCCACCCAUUGCACCGAAGCCAGAAUGGCGCGCGCUGCUCGAUGAGAUGGCCGUGGUGGCCACCAAGGAGUACCGGUCCAUCGUCUUCCAGGAACCGCGCUUCGUCGAGUACUUCCGCCUUGCAACACCGGAGAUGGAAUACGGGAGGAUGAACAUAGGGAGCCGGCCGUCGAAGAGGAAGCCGAGCGGCGGCAUCGAGUCGCUGCGCGCCAUCCCGUGGAUCUUCGCGUGGACGCAGACCCGGUUCCACCUCCCCGUCUGGCUCGGCUUCGGCGCCGCCUUCAGGCACAUCCUGGAGAAGGACAUCAGGAACCUCCACGUCCUCCAGGAGAUGUACAACGAGUGGCCCUUCUUCAGGGUCACCAUCGAUCUGGUGGAGAUGGUCUUCGCCAAGGGCGACCCCGGCAUCGCCGCGCUGUACGACAAGCUCCUCGUCUCCGAGGAGCUGUGGCCUCUGGGCGAGAAGCUGAGGGCCAACUAUGAAGAAACCAAACAGCUUCUCCUUCAGGUUGCUGGACACAAGGAUCUUCUCGAGGGCGAUCUAUACCUGAAGCAGCGGCUUCGGCUCCGCGACGCCUACAUCACCACCCUGAACGUGUGCCAGGCGUACACGAUGAAGCGAAUCCGCGACCCGGGUUACCACGUGACGCUGCGGCCUCACAUGUCCAGGGAGAUCGUGGACUGCUCCAAGCCGGCGGCGGAGCUGGUGAAGCUGAACCCGACCAGCGAGUACGCGCCUGGGCUGGAGGACACCCUCAUCCUCACCAUGAAGGGCAUUGCUGCCGGCAUGCAGAACACCGGUUAAGGGGGAGCUCUAUGUGGAAUUGAAGUGCCUGCAUCCAAAACUGUUUUUUCUGAUGAUUGAAUCUUGAUUUCGGUGAAUUUUGCUCUCUGCCACUUAAUUUCGCUGGUGUAGCUGCCCGUGUAAUUUGUAAUUUCUCUCGGAAGAAAUUGGCAAUAAUGGAGUUGUACAAGAACAUCAAUACAAUACAUCAAAAGAAAGUGGACUGUUGAUUA